UGGUUUUCUCCUUUCACCAUGGCAGCCACAUCAGAACCGACUCCAACCAUCCGAACCCCCCCUCCGUUCUACAUGACCGCUUGGGAUGCAUCAUUCCCGACGACAACCUUCACGCCUCCCCCAGAUUGUUCUACACGUCUAUUCACGAUAUACCAUAUGACCUGCGAGGAUGAAUGGCCAAUCUGGGAUGCUACUUUCGAUGCCGCAGUCGCAACGUGUACACCUCCAGAGGCGCGUUCCUUGCUGUCCUCUUUCACUUCAGAGAGCCUAGGGGCUAUAAAGCCUUUGCCCCGGUCAAAGUCUUCUGUCAUCAUGGAUACAAAAUUAUAGGGAUCCGAACAGCAAACCUCACCAACAUAUUUAGCACAGCCAUAUCAGCAUGGUGGACUCUUGAUCCGAGACCCGAUCGCGAUUCUACCUUUAUCAUCUCGACCAAUACCCGCGUCGGAAUCCCCUAUACAACCGCAUACUGCUGUCCACCGGGUUUCGCUGCCGGACCGUGGGGAACAGAAUACUUCCGAUGUUCCUCAUACCUUACGCACAAGACAAAAAUGAUAUCGGAGUCUGCCCCUACUAGUCGCGCGACAGUGAAUGUCAAGCCGACGUUGUGGGUACACGAUCGGGAUAUUCUAUAUCGUGGCAUGCGCGCGAACUGUCGACCUUCACCCCAAUUCCUAGGAGUUUGAUGGGUAAUUUACCUAAUUUCUCCCGCACUCAUGCAUAUGGCACUCGCAGCAUGUGGAGACCUUGCCCUUUGAAUCGACUUCGGGCAUCACAGGACAUCGAUGAGGAUCACAUAGACCGCUCAAAUCGUAAAGGACUCAUCGGUGGGGUUACUGGAGGGGUUGGUGGACUGAUUUUCUGUAUCAUUCUGGUUUG